AUGGUUGUUCAUGAAGAUGAAACAACACAAGCGUUUCGAAAUGUCAUUCAAACUGUUGUUAAUCGAUCGCUAUCAGGCGCGAUUUUACCGCCAAGUACCGCUCUCCUCUCGGCCGCUACUCAACAAUUGUUGGCAAGAAUUCCGCUAACAUUGGAAAAUCUAAAGGCAGCUUUCCGAUGUCUUACUUUACUAUACGAUUUGGAUUCACAAAGAGGAACACAAGUUUUCUCUUCUUUCAUCAAAUGCUAUGCGAGCUCUCCACCACUCGAAAGAGCUAUUAUCGUUGAAGGGAUCCGUACCUCCAGCCUUCCACUCUACUUGAUCUAUCUGUGGUUGUCAAUCGCGGAAAAGGAGUCCCUCAAUUUGGGCACUCCAUCCCCGCCGCGUUCCCUCAUCAUGGCCAUCCUCUAUGGCGCACUCACACCGAUUAUCCUUGGAAUGGGCAAAAAUACGCACUACAAUUUGGGAAUCGCUUCAACUGGCGAGGUGACAAAGCCGAGAUUGGUCCCUGUCGCUGCUGAGAUCAUUAAAGCCUCCCUUUCCACAUCACAUUCCCUUCUCUUGACAUCUGAUGGAAGAGUCUAUGCGAUGGGACGUUGUGAGGGAUAUCGAACUGGUUUACCGAGAAAUGAUGUUGCCGCAAGUCCACAACUUGUACCACUUCCAAAAGGCACUGUUGUUGUCGAUGUUGCGGCCGGUGAGGGAUAUUCGCUGUUUUUAACUCGAAAAUCGCUAUACGGUUGUGGCUUAAAUGUGGCCGCUCGUCUGGGACUUGGCAAAGACGCGGGACCAUUUCAACUCCAAAAAAUUCCACUUCCACAAUUGAGGGAAUUGAUUUUGGAUGAGGUUGUGACAACAGAGAAAUUCACGCUGAUCACCACUUCGUCGGUUUCCGAUUUUCUACUUGCUGGCACAAGCUUUGAAAAGAGAAAUGUGACGAAGACGUUCGAGUUUCAUAAAGACUACGACCCAGAAUGGGAUGACAUUUUCGUGCCUUGCAGCACACAACUCGAGGUGUCUGCGCGAAUCUCAUCGAAGCCACACUGUGGAAUUGUCACCGGACAAGAUGUGAAUCUGAAGCAAGCGAAUGAGAGCUAUACGGUGAGAUUCGUUUUGUUCAACAACGCUUUGCGCUAUCGUUUUGCGCAUUCGAACUUUAUUGGUGAGGUCAUCUACGCAAUCGAUGGCAUUUUAUUUGGAUUCGAUGUUGCUGAGUUCUCGGUGGAUUCAAAAGGAGGCGUCUACUUGAGAGCCGCUCUUGACACGGGAAUUACGAGAAGGGUUUACUCUGUUUACCGAGGUCGAGUAGCGAUUUGGCCAAAAGAGGAUUCGACAUUUGAAACUGCGAGAAGCAACCGAAAAAAAGAAAUCAACAUGAGCGGAUUGGCUAUCGUUUUCCUUUUACAACCGAUCGCGAACACUUCAUAUGCUACCUCAUUGAGCGUUUCACCGGACGGGGAGAAUGCGAUUUUCGUGAUCGGAGAAAAGGAGGAGCAAAAUGAGGGAAAAUUGAGGAAUUGGGCUGGACAGCGCUUGAUUGCUGAACCGAUCAAAGAAGUGCCGUUUGAUGCAAAGAUCUGUCUCGGUGGUCGCUCUUGGCCCGUUAUGUCAUCAGUUUUAGCCCAUCGUGUCCCUGAAUCGUAUCGUUUUCUGAAAGGAAAAGUGAUGCACAUGGAAGAGGCUUUUCACGGGAUUCCAAACUCGGCAAAACGAGAAGACUGGCGCUUGGAAGUGAGUCAAAUGGUGGCUAGCUAUGUAAAAGAAGGAGUAGCUAUUUGGAACGCUGAAGUAUGGGAACCCGAGUCUCCAGCACUUGAUUUCGUGAAGAAAGCGCUCGCCGUGCUUGGACUGAAAGCCGUUGGACCAAGGCCAAGCCAAGGGAAAACGAUGAGAGCACUUGUGCCAAUAGUAAAAGGCUCAGCUCAAUCAACAGCUCAAUCAAAUUGUGUUCUUCAAUGCGUUGAUGAGGAUGGAAGGGCUGUAAUAGAAACGAAUAGACAACUCCUCGAGCUUCAUUCUUACUAUUUUGUGCUUGCUGGUAAACACGAGGGUCGAGAUUCGUUUGUUGUUCGAGAAAGUCAAGGAAUCGUCGAGAAGAUUCUCGAAGCGAUGGCCAGUCCCGAUAGUCUUGUUCAAUGCACAAGAGAUGAGCUAUGUCGAAUGUUAAUCUUUUGCGAUGCUUACGCAAUGGAUAGCUUAAUCGAUGACAUCAUUAGAGCUUUCUUCAUCAAUGCCACCGCUAGCUGUUUAUUAGAUCUAUCUGGUUUAUAUUCUUGGUCUUAUUACGCUCAAAAUUUCAUCAUUCGUGAGCUAAUCGCUCGCCCGGAUUUACUCUUUUUAUAUACAAAAAGUGAGGAAAUCCAUCAAGAAAUGGCAAAAAGAGCCUGUGAAGCAAUCGAAGCCGGCACUUGUCGCCGCUCCGGGGUGACCACGGAAAACGCGUUAAUGAUUGGGCAAGCUAUUUGGCACUCGUAUGCACAUAUCUACUCAGAUAGGACACAGGUAGACGAGGAGAGACUCCUCUUCACAGCUCUUUCUUUUGCCGCUAUUCAACCGUACUUUACAAAACAAGCUGUUUUCGGGUAUUCGCAUGAUCCGGAGCUACAUCGUUUCACCUUUCCGCAAUUGAAGACUCUUUACAACACGACCGCUCCAGACUACAAAGAGUUCCGGGUACAGAAAAGUGACAAUUCCGGCUUGACCGCGGUGGAUCGUGAAGAGUUUGACUUGAUGAACGCUUUGGUGGAAAGUUUAGGCGAUUUCUCGUUUGAGGCUAGUUCU